CCAUUCUAACGGACUCGGUGCUGCAGAGUCGUUGCAAACCUCACAUCUCGCGGAAACAGCAUACAACACUGGGUAGUCUAUAUCGUGACAGUCAGUCAAUGCGGGCCAUAGCCGACGGAUCAUACCAACUCUCCAGUAUAGGCGGCUCAUUUGGAACGCUAGCCAUGCACAAUACAAUAAUCGGCUCAACUGGUAUAGACCAGGAUAACCAUCUCGCUCAUGAUAAUUCGUAUCCGAACGAACAGUGGGUCGACAUAAACAACGCCUAUACCCAUAUGGCCAUGAGUUACGGCGGGGACUACUAUGCUCCGCCGGUAACUCAUGGAUUACCUUCAGAAUCUAUCGGCAUGGCUCCGCCUCCUGUUCCGCAUCAGAUGCAUAGCCAUUCGCACAACAACUAUGCGAGUCAACUUCCGCAUCCAUUGAUAAUACCAACACAGCAACCCUCGCAGGUGCAGUGGCCAAGUCUUCGGACGAACCCGUCUCAGAACUAUUCACAACCACCUGUACCAAUUCCCCCGGCCUCAGCUCCUUUGAGACAACAGCCGAGGCUGCCAACGAUCAACACGUCGCAGCCCAGAAAGACGCUUACGGACGAAGACCGUCGAAACAUGUGUUUAUUUCACGAAGACAAUCCUCAUGCUAAACAGACGGAAAUCGGACAAAAAUUUGGAGUAGAGCGAAGUACUGUAUCGAAGGUGCUGCGAAGGAAGGAAUUAUACCUCAAUCUGGACAGUCAGGGUGGCUCUCCUGUGAAAAAAUCAAAAGGGAAAUCCCCGCCAGACAUUGAGCGGGCUCUAGCAAACUGGGUAAGGGGCCAGCAAAAGAAGGGAGUUGUAGUCAGCGACACUCAGAUGGAAGAGAAGGCGAGGGUGUUCUGUACUGGUUCUGACAGUCCCCUCAAAACCAUCACAGCCUCUUGGAUCGAGAAGUUCAAGCAGAAGCACAAUAUCGGCCCUGGGAAAUUAAUUCGUAGAGCAUCGGAGACUGCGAUUCCUGACAAUGCUCGACUUGACACUGGCUCACCGCUAUUAUCUACCACGCAAACACCAGGAGGUAUUUCGCCGGCAUCGCCAACCAACCAAACGGCUUCACCACAACCUUCCUCAGCGAUCGAGAAAUCCGCGAGUAGAGAAUCACUUUCUACUAAUUUUAUGGAUUUUGAGUCCAACGGGUACCGACACCCUCACUCCCAAAGCUCAACUUCGCUCUCCAGUGCUGUUACGGACCCACCAAGUUCCACGUUUUCUGCGGGUGCCUUCAGUCCGACUUCGCAAUUCAACUUCUCUCCAGACCCGAACUCUGGAAUGUUUACCGAUAGGAACCAGCAGAUACCAGGAAACCCUAACUUCCAACGACCGCGGAGUCAGACGGUACCGGACUUGGGAAACCUCGAGUACAUCAACCAGUCGCAGUCCAGCGAGCCGUUGACCCCAAAAUACAGCCAAUCUGGAACGGCGCCCUCCUCAGCCCUCGAGUCUCCAACUCACGAGAUGUCCGCCCCGCCUUUCGGAGGCCUUGAUUCGGCGAUUUCACCCCCCACCCAGCUCCACCAUGUAAGCAGUAAUAGCAGCCUGACCGGCCGAUCAAGUUGCUCGGGGACAGCACCGAUCCCCGUUACGACAAUGGGCUCUUCGCCGAGUUCUCCCACGCAGGAGGAUGCUAGACGGGCCGCGGACACGCUUCUGGGGUUCAUGCAACGAUUCGAAGGCUCCGGCUUGGUCGACCAACAUGACUUCAUUACGGUUAUGAAACUGACUGAGAAACUGAGGCUACAGUUACCACUGCCACACGGGGGGCCACAGGCCAACUCGGCCAUCCAGGGGCUUGGUGGUCUGUCUAGGAUACCGGAAGGUGAUACCGAGAUGACUACGGGUGUCUCGCCUCUAGUUAAGAGCGAGACUAUGAUGAGUGUAUGACCACUUGAAUCCGUUCAUUUUACAGGACGUCCCGGUACAGUUAUGGAUUUAGACAACUAAGUCCUUCGUUCUACGGCUUCGAGUGUUUCGCCUCCUAAAUCAGGAAUAAAGAAACGAUGGCAUCCAAAAUAGACCGCUAGAUUCUUCGCGUCAAAGGUUUGGGAAGACAUCUGGAGUUUAACGAGUUAUACUAUACCCCCCUUAACUCCAGGUCAGCUAAGAACAAGUCUCACGACAAGCCGCGAGAACCGAGGAUAGCAGUAACAUAUAACCCAUAACUCGAACUGAUACGGAACGGCCAACAUCAACAGGAACAAGGACAAGGAAAAAUUGAUAAUAACAGAAAAAGAUUUUAAAAAAUAUCAAACAAACCACCAAACGAAACUACCGAGCGAAGUAAUUAUAUACACUAUAUUCUCACGAAGCCUCAUAUUUAUACAUAUACCCCGCCGCCCCG